GGUAAUCGUUGGUAACUUUACGCAGAUAAUAUACAUCAAAAAUAUACAGCAUAUAAUAUACAUCAAUUUUCCAUUUUACUUUACUGAUAAAUAGGUUAAAUUUGUUCAUAUUUUUAACGAAAAGCAGAAAUAAUAAAAAUAACACUUUAAGAUUCGAGGAAGAUAUGGAUUUGGUGGAUCACAACCCUUAUGGAAAUGGGUUACAAUACGUGGGUUUUAAUCAAGAUCAAGGAUGUUUCGCAUGUGCCACUGACUCUGGCUUCAGGGUAUUCAAUAGCGACCCGCUUAAAGAAAAGGAACGCCAAUAUUAUCCGGAAGGUGGUUUAAGUUAUGUCGAAAUGUUGUUUCGAUGCAAUUAUUUAGCAGUUGUUGGUGGUGGUAUCCGCCCAUUGUAUCCACCCAACAAACUUAUAAUUUGGGAUGACUUAAAGAAGGCUCCAGCAAUCUCUUUGGAUUUUAAUCAACCAGUUAAGUCGGUACGAUUGAGGCGUGAUCGGAUAGUUGUCGUAUUGGCAGGAUUUAUAAAGGUAUUCACCUUUACACAACAGCCACGUCAGUUACAUGUUUUUGAGACGAACUCGAAUCCUCACGGCCUUUGUGUUUUAUGCCCACAUAGCAAUAAAAGUUUAUUAGCAUUUCCCGCUAGACGAACAGGACAUGUACAGAUAGUUGACUUGGGAAACACCGAACGAGCCCCUUUGGAAAUUGUGGCUCAUGAAGCCAACAUUUGCUGUAUUGCUUUCAAUAUUCAAGGCACUCGCUUAGCAACCGCCAGUGAGAAAGGAACACUAAUUCGCAUUUUCGAUACGGAGACUGGUAAAAAGAUAAACGAACUUAGACGAGGUAGCAACCAGGCAACUAUUUACUGCAUUAAUUUUAACCACGCAUCAACUAUGCUGGUGGUGUCAUCUGAUCACGGAACCAUACACGUAUUUAAUUUGGACGAUAGUAAACCCAAGGAGUCCUCUUUGCCUAUAGUACCCAAGUACUUCUCCAGUCAAUGGAGUUUCGUUAAAUUCUCAAUACCAAAAGAACCCCCGUGUAUUUGCGCCUUUGGUUCGGAUUCUAAUUCAGUCAUUGCUAUUUGUGCUGAUGGUCAUUACUACAAAUUCCUUUUCAAUAGCAAAGGCGAGUGCAGUCGUGACAUUUGCACACAAUUUUUAGAAUUACAGGAUGAUGAUUAAGUGCUUCUACAUAAAAUCAAAAUCAAAAAGUUUUUGGAGCCAACAAUUUGUUAUUGCGGUUAAACCCGAUAUAUUUAUACUUUCGUUAGUUCAAACGCUGCAAUAUUUUGUUUUUGCCUUAGUUUGAGCUUAGCCGACAUGAACAUUCAUUAUUUGCCUUCCAUCAUUCGAUCUAUUCUUCUAUUGUUUGUGAUGUUGUUUAAGUCUUAUUUGACGUUUCCUCAGAACUUUUAAUUUCAUUAUAAGGAUUUAAAAAAUUCGAGCUGAUAACAAUUUUAUGUUUAAGAAAUGCAUGAAAAUUUGUGAAAAUGAAAAAUUGAUCAUCAACGUUAUAAAU